AUGAGUCAAAUUGCGGAUUUUAUUGGAGAAAGGGAAACGGCGGUAAAUCAACACGCAUUAUCCAGCGUCGCCAGACGACUCUUGAACGACGGCAAUGCCAUUCCCUUGGUUGGCUUUGGUGUCUACAAUACCAGACCUGGAAAGGAGACAGAACAAUCGGUCCUUUGGGCACUUGAUGCUGGUUAUCGUCAUAUUGAUACUGCCACUAUUUAUGAAAACGAAAAGAGUGUUGGUGAUGCGCUCAAGAAAACCAACGUCCCACGUGAAGAGAUCUUUGUCACUACAAAGUUGUGGGAUACAUCGCAGGGUUAUCAAGAAGCCAAGGCAGCCUUUGAGAAGAGCAUCACGGCCCUAGGUCUUGAUUACAUUGAUCUCUAUUUGGUGCAUAGCCCCUCCCCUGGCAAGAAGCUACGUCUCGAAAGUUGGAAAGCCUUGGAAGAGAUCCAAAAGUCAGGCAAAGUCAAGAGCAUUGGUGUCAGUAACUAUGGUAUCCAUCAUCUCAAGGAAUUGCUUGAGGUCUGCACUGUCAAGCCUGCAGUGAAUCAAAUUGAGAUCUCACCUUAUCUUGCUCGUACCGAGAUUGAAAGGUUUUGCAAGGAGCAUGGUAUCUUGUUGGAAGCUUUUUCUCCACUGACAAUGGGUGAGAAGCUCAAGGAUGAUCGCUUGGUGGCAAUAGCCAAGAAAUACAACAAGACAACCGCCCAAGUCUUGAUCCGCUGGUCCAUCCAACAUGGCUAUGUGCCAUUGCCUAAAUCAGUCCACAAGGAACGCAUCGAAAGUAACGCCCAAGUGUUUGACUUUGAGAUCAGCGAAGAGGAUAUGAAGCAGUUGGAUAAGUUUGAUGAAUACUUUGUGACCGAAUGGGAUCCCACACGUUACGACUAA